AUGGCCUUGCCUCCCAUGUGGUGUAGAGUACAAUAUAUGUACCUACAUAUGGAUACAUACGGUACAUCUAUGUGCUCGCCGGGGUCGCGGCUGUGGUUCAUUGCCAGCAGUUUCUACAACCGACAGUCGUGGCGCUCCACCCACUAUCUGUUGUACCUACAUCAUAGAGUACCUCCUACUCUAGAGUACUGUGUAGGUACUCUAUAA